AUGCGGAUACGGCGCCCUGGUACGGCGGCGGGCUGUCCGAGCAGCGCCUGGGCCGAGCGCUGGCUGCUGAAGGCAGAGGUGGCAGUUUCCACGAAGGUGGGCCGCAUCAUCGUCCCGAGGCCCGAGGCCAGCAAGUAUGGACAUAGAGUGGAGGCCGACUACGACGAGGCCUUCCCGACGCAGAAGUAUCACAACAACGUGGUCGUCUGGGAUUACCGAAAGGAGGGCGUCGAGGAGGCGCUGCGGCAGUGCCAGCGGCGCUUGCAGCGGACCCUCAUCGACUGCGUCCGGGUGCACGACGCUGAGUCGCAGGAGCGCUGGCAAGAAGCCUGCAGCCAGGGCGGCGCUGUUGACACCUUGGUGUCCAUGCGUCGGGCAGGGGCCAUCGGGCAAGUCAGCCUUGGCUUCAAUAGCAUGGAGUUUCUCCUGAAAAGCGUCAAGGCCUUCCCCGUAGGCACCUUCGACAACAUCAUGGUGGCCCGGACCUGGAAUUUAUUGGAUCAGUCUGCCUACCCGCUGCUGCUGGAGUGCCAGAACCGAGGGAUCAGGGUGCACAUCGCGGCGCCCUUCUGUGCUGGGCUCCUUUGGGGCCAGAGCCUCUUCAUGUACAGCAGCACGGUGCCGGUAGAGGCCACUGAGAAGGCGAAGCGGUGGCAGGACCUGGGCAGCAGCUACGGACUGUCGCUGCCGCAGCUGGCGCUGGCCUUUGCAUUCCUUCCUGCCUGCGUGGAGAGGAUAGCUAUUGGCUGCGCCUCUCCGGAGCAGGUGCGCAGCAACGUUGGGCUUUGCGGCGUCAAAGUUCCAGCGGAGCUGUGGCAAAGAGCGAAGGCUGAGGGCCUCUUGCCCGCGAGCAUGGAGAUCUCCUAG